AGCUAGUUGCUAUAUUAACCCAAAGACACACACACACUUUUAAAAUUAGCUAGUUGCUAUAUUAACCCAAAGACACACACAUACCAAGAAAUUACCGUUUACGUGAAAACUGUAAUUUGUGAAUAAUCCCAGAAAGAAACAUGCGUUUACAGAUGCGCACUGGUCUGUAAACAUACUCAUUUCACUACUGCAUGCGUCACGGGGAUACAGACAGAAAAUAACACUUGUGUAUAACUUACCCUGUGUUGAUCAGGAACUAAAAGUUUAUCUGAAGAUCUUGCUAAUCAGGAAUUGCCUUUCUCAGAAAUAAAGAGACCAUGGGAGUAGACAACGCGUCUCUAUGGUAACCGCUAUCCUAAACACACUAUACAGCCUUAUUUGUGACUAGAAUGUCUGGCUGAUAUUAACCGGGUAUGAACUCCGUGGUGAAAACGAUUAAAUGGUGAAGACGAAUAUUGCUCUCCAAUCGGUGCUGUGGCCACAACUCUACUGGAAGGACAGAAGAGGCUGGACUCCUGCUAAGAAGCUGUUUAGACUAUGCCAUCUAAGGCAAAAGGAAAGGGGCGAUCUCACAGUGCUGCUGGCAGCAAGAAACCGAAGAAAAAGAAAUCUGGAAAAAAGAAAUCUGCCAAACAAGCAAAACCUGAAGUAGAUAUCCUCAGCCCAGCAGCCAUGCUGAAUGCCUAUUAUAUAUCACACAAUGCUGCCGACUGCUUGGCAUUUAGAGGAUUUCAGUGGCCCGAUGGUCCAAAGAAAAAAGGAAAGAAAGGCAAGAAAAAAUAAAGCAAAAGUUGAAAUAAUAUGCCAUAAAUUCUUCUCAAAACAACAUUUCUUGACACAAAUUGUAAGAGGAACAUGCUGAUAUACUUCCAUGUUAUUUUGUAAAUUAAAUAAAUCCCUCAGUGUACCUUGGUGUAUUGAAUUGCUCAAGCCAUACAAAACACUUAUAUUUUUGGAACUGGGUUUGGUCUACAGAGUUCAAACCAAAAUCAGCUCUGAGCGUGACACAGUUUUGUGCUGCAGAAAUAACUUAGUUGUAAGUUUGAGCUGUAUAACAAUAACCUGGGUUUGCACUUGGCUUGAGACACACAUGCUGGGUUAUAGAAAUGGAUUCUUUAUGUGGAGAAUGUGGUGUUCAGCUCUUUGUUCAUGAAUAUUUGCACAGUAUGAAACUAUUAUCAGGACUGUACUUCUGGAGAACACAUCAUUGUAUCUUGACUGCUGUGGUGGCUUCUGAACAUGGGUUAAUGAGACAUUGUCUUUUCUCCUGUUUCUUCUUCUGUUACACACAGUAUUUUGAUCUGCUUGAAGACCCUCUAAGAAAACGUCCAUGUUUGAUUGUGAAAGAAAAAGGGGUGCAUACAUCCUAAACAUCUGAGAUGCUGUCUUAUCUGGGGUUUGUCUUUUUUAAUGUCUCCAAAUAUUUAUGGUUUCUAAAUACAGUGAGAAGAAUGGAGCCCA